CGGGGUCGUGGGUCUUUGACUAUUCGACUACCAAAGCGCGACGGCGAAGAUGCUGACGACGCUGAAGCAGAGGAAGGGGAGCAAGAUGGUCGACCGUUCAUGCGAGUAGGAGGAAAGGUUUACUUUAUUGACGGCGACGAGUUUGUCACGGACCCGGACGAGAAAGGUGACGAGAAGGUCGAUGUGGACGGCAAUCUUCUAGGAGGUCGUAGGUUCAAAUGUCACACCUUCGUGCUACCCCAGCGACACCCGAGUCGGCAAUAUAUGCUUGCCAUCGACGCCGCGCGUGCGUCAGGGUUUCGUGAUUCUCUAUAUUUCUUCCGGCGUAAUCCGCUCGCGCUCAAGCUCUCUGCUACACAGCCCGAAAAGGAGUUCCUCAUCUCAGCAGGGAAGCUCGGUGCACACCUGAAAACGCGUAGCGUCACCCUCGUCACCGCACGUAGUGCAUAUAAACUCCAUGGUGCCAAGAUGAUCCUAGAUGGCCGCUGGGUCACAGACGACUACUACGAAUCGAAAUGUCUCGCUGAGAUCACAGAAAAAGGACUUAAGCCAGGCGACCUCGUCGGCGAGCUUCCAGACCCUCUGGGUGCCUCAUCUCAAGCCGUACCUUCAGGCCAGCAACCCACCACCUCUACGUCAUCGGGUAUAUAUCGAGCGGGAGGACCUACGACCAUUUUCGGGAGCACUGGUUGGGGACCGUUUAGUGAUGGUCCACACAGCGCG